AUGGCAAUGGCAAUCGCUUCCGUUGAGGAGAUCAGGAAGGCCCAAAGAGCCCAGGGUCCAGCAACCGUCCUCGCCAUUGGCACCGCCACUCCUCCCAACUGCGUUGCCCAGGCUGACUAUCCUGACUAUUACUUUCGUAUCACCAACAGCGAGCACAUGACUGAGAUCAAAGAGAAAUUCAAGCGCAUGUGCGACAAAUCAAUGAUAAAAAAUCGUUACAUGUACUUGACUGAGGAAAUCUUAAAGGAAAAUCCAAGCAUGUGUGCCUACAUGGCUUCAUCUCUCAACGCGCGCCAAGACAUGGUAGUGGUGGAGGUGCCAAAGCUGGGGAAAGAAGCCGCAACAAAGGCCAUCAAAGAAUGGGGACACCCAAAAUCUAAGAUCACCCACCUUGUUUUCUGCACGACUUCUGGUGUAGACAUGCCUGGUGCAGACUACCAACUUACCAAACUCCUGGGACUGAAACCCUCCGUCAAGAGGAUCAUGAUGUAUCAGCAAGGCUGCUUUGCUGGUGGAACGGUGCUCCGUCUCGCCAAGGACUUGGCUGAAAACAACAAGGGCUCUCGUGUUCUCGUGGUCUGCUCCGAAAUCACGGCUGUGACUUUCCGUGGACCCUCUGAUACGCACUUGGAUUCCCUAGUGGGCCAAGCACUUUUCGGUGAUGGUGCUGCAGCCAUCAUCGUAGGUGCCGACCCUGAUACAAAAUCUGAACGCCCACUGUUCCAGCUUGUAUCAGCCACUCAGACAAUCUUGCCAGACUCAGAUGGAGCCAUUGACGGACACUUACGUGAAGUCGGCCUCACUUUCCACUUGUUGAAAGAUGUACCCGGAUUGAUCUCCAAAAACAUAGAAAAAAGCUUGGUUGAAGCAUUCUCACCAAUUGGCAUUAGGGACUGGAACUCAAUCUUCUGGAUAGCUCACCCUGGUGGUCCUGCAAUUCUUGACCAAGUCGAAGCCAAACUGGGUCUCAAAGAAGAGAAACUCAGGGCGACCCGUCAUGUACUGAGUGAGUUUGGCAACAUGUCAAGUUCAUGUGUGUUGUUUAUCUUGGAUGAGAUGAGAAAGAAAUCCCUCGAGGAAGGACAGCCCACCACCGGUGAAGGGUUGGAAUGGGGUGUCCUUUUCGGUUUCGGGCCAGGUCUUACUGUGGAAACUGUUGUUCUACACAGUAUCCCUACAGAGGCAACUCACUGACCGAAGGAGAUAAAGUGAGUUGAUUGUUUGGCUUUGGGAGAAAAUCAGGGGAUAAAGAAAAUCAAAAUAUACGCUAUCCAUGGAUGGAUAUUAA